AUGCCUCUUGAACCAGGUAUGAAGCACUUCAUCGCAACCUUCACCCUCGUCCCCAUGCUCUGGCUCUGGUGGCUCUCCAUCCUGCCCAACACGGCCUCGCUCGGCGUAAACGCAGUCUGGAACUACAACCCCUCGGACCCCAGCAUAUUCCUCGCAACCAGCCUCGUCGUCACCAUGGCACUCUGGAUCCUACACCUGGUUCUCACAAUGAAAGCCCGAGGGGAGCCCGUCUCCCCCUCCAUCGUGUUCGGCCUCACGUUCCACACGGUCCCCGCUCUGUGUCUGCUUGCCGCGGUGCUCAAGUCGAAGAUGGCACAGGAUACGCAGCUGGUGUGGUUUAGUGCGCUGAUAGCGCUGCGGUACUGGCGUACGCUGGUUGCGGUGUUCUUCUGGACGCGGUACACGCCUUCUGUGCGCUGUACUUAUGGCGCCAAGGCAAAGUACGCGGCUGAGGACUGUACGGUUGUGGUGGCUACGGUUGGUCCGGGCCUGAAUCUCGAGUUGUUCACGCGAAUGGUGGAGGGAAUCCUUGCUAACAGGCCGAAACGCAUUGUGUUUUCUACGCCAGAGGCUGGCAUUGCGGAUAUUGUGCGUCCGAUUGUGUUGGGGAUCCAGAAAGUGUUUGAUGAGCGUAGGGUGGGUGGUGGGGAGAAAGAGAUGGACGGGUGCUAUAGCGCUACUGAGAUUGUUGUAACGGGUGAGGCUAAUAAGAAGGAUAAGCGGACACAGACGGCUGAGGGGAUCAAGAUGGUUGACACGGAGAUCAUGGUUAUGGCCGAUGAUAGUGCAGUGUGGCCCCCAAAGCUCCUCGAGGCUGCGCUUCCGGCUUUUCAAGAUGACAAGGUAGGGUUUGUGGGGACUCGCAAGUGGGUUGAGCGGUUGCCGUUGCCCGAGUAUGAUGCUGAGCUCAACUGGUUUCAGAAUUUGGUUGCUCGGUAUCGCGCUGGCUUCUGGAAUACCAUUGGGGCGCUGUAUCUCGUGCGUCACAACUUUGAGAUUCGCGCCUCGAACGCCGCGGAUGGAGGCGUCUUUUGCGUCUCUGGCCGUACCAGCUUGAUCUUGUCUCGGAUCGUCAAGGAUGAAGGGUUUGUUGGAAAGUUUCUCAAUGAGUACAUUUGGUCAUUUCCUAGCCUUGGUGUCGAGGGCGUUGGUCCGCUCAAGGCUGACGAUGACAACUUCAUCACGCGCUGGGUCAUCAACCACGGCAUGGACGUCAAGAUUCAGUACACCGAAGAUGCGACCAUGACCACUCAGCUGGGACGUAUGGAAAACUUCAAGUUUGUGGACCAGUGCAUGCGCUGGAGCCGCACGACUAUCCGACAGAACCCUAUCGUCCUGUUCGUCGACCUGACUGUGUGGUGGAAGUGGCCCAUCUCUGUCUGGAUGGUGUACUUCCCGUGGAUGUACAACGCCGCUCUCUUUUGGGAUACCCUGGCAGUCUGGACCUUUACCACUACCGCAUUCUUUCGCGACUCUUCAGUCAAGUACUACUGGUUAGGUCUCCUAAUCUCUCUCAUCUGGAUGUCGAAGCUAACCAAGACGAUCCCGUGGUUCAUGCAUAUGCAGAACCGUUUAGACUUCUUCUGGUACUUCUUCCCCAUCCCGGCCUACCCCCUGUUUGCGUACGCUCACUCCAUUAUCAAGAUCUACACUGUCGCAACCUUCUGGGUCAACGACUGGUCUGGGCGCACUCAAGAUGAGAAGCAGCCAGAGUUGGACGGCAUUAAGGCCAAGUAG